CAGAGGCGGCGGCGGCGGCGGCGGCGGAGGGAGGGCGCGCCAGGGAAGGAGCCCAAGAAGAGCCAGAGCUGGAGGACUGAGCUGCUGCUGCUGCUGCUUGCCUUUCUCGGGCCCCCAGCAUGUGAAGGAGCCCCGAGAAGCCCCGCUGCCCUCCUGGCCCGCCGGCCUCCAGCUUGGGCCCGGGUCCCUCUGGGACUAGUUUCUUGGGUCGGGGGUUUGGUGGAGGAAGAGGAGCAGCAGCCCUGGCCGCCUGAGGCUCCGACUUGGAGAGGCCGAGGAGGAGGAGGAGGAGGAUGAAAGUGACGGUGUGCUUCGGGCGGACCCGGGUGGUCGUGCCUUGCGGGGAAGGGAAGAUGAAAGUUUUCAGCCUGGUGGAGCAAGCCGUGACCAGGUACAGGAAGGCCAUCGCCAAGGAUCCAAAUUACUGGAUACAGGUGCAUCGUCUGGAACAUGGUGAUGGGGGGAUUCUUGACCGUGAUGACAUCCUUUGUGACGUAGCUGAUGAUAAAGACAGACUUGUGGCUAUAUUUGAUGAGCAAGAUCCACACCAUGGAGGAGAUGGUACUAGUGCCAGCUCCACUGGCACCCAGAGUCCUGAGAUCUUUGGGAGCGAGCUGGGCACUAAUGCUGCGUCAGCUUUCCAGCCUUACCAAGCAACAAGUGAAAUAGAAGUCACGCCUUCGGUCCUUCGCACAAAUAUGCCUCUUCAUGUACGGCGCAGCAGUGAUCCUGCAUUAGUUGGCCUUUCAACAUCAGUCAGUGAUAAUAAUUUUACUUCAGAAGAGCCUUCCCGGAAAAACCCCACGAGAUGGUCGACAACGGCAGGCUUCCUCAAACAGAAUACCUCUGGGGGGCCAAGGAGUCAUGAAAGAAAGAAAGAUGAAAAUUACCGAAGCCUUCCACGAGACACAAGUAGCUGGUCUACUAACCAGUUUCAGAGGGACAACGCUCGCUCUUCACUAAGUGCCACUCAUCCCAUGGUAGAUAAAUGGCUAGAGAGACAAGAACAGGAUGAAGAUGGGACAGAAGAAGAAAACAGCCGAGUUGAACCAGUGGGUCAUGCAGACACGUGCUUAGAGAUUACCACCAACUAUUCUUUAGAUGAUAUGGUAAAGCUCGUCGAAGUCUCCAAUGAUGGUGGCCCUCUGGGAAUCCACGUAGUGCCUUUCAGUGCCCGAGGUGGAAGAACUUUAGGUUUAUUAGUAAAGCGGUUGGAGAAAGGUGGGAAAGCUGAACAAGAACACCUCUUUCAUGAAAAUGACUGUAUUGUCAGAAUAAAUGAUGGGGACCUUCGCAAUCGAAGAUUUGAACAAGCACAGCAUAUGUUCCGUCAGGCCAUGCGUACUCCUAUUAUUUGGUUCCAUGUGGUUCCAGCAGCAAAGAAGGAACAGUAUGAGCAGUUGUCACAAAGUGAGAAGAACACUCAUUACUCCAGUCGGUUUAGCCCUGAUUCCCAGUAUAUUGAUAAUAAAAGUAUUAACCACACUGGACUUCACACGUUGCAAAGAAUACCCCGAGUGAACAAUCAAGUAGAUCAGUUGGACUCUUACUCACAACUACCUCAGAGUGUGAAUUCGUCAGGAAAACCACCUUUAGGGCCAUCGCCUUCACCACAAAAAGUGAUUACAUCUACUUCAAACACUGGCUAUAACACCAAACGGAUUGGCAAGCGGCUUAAUAUACAAUUAAGGAAAGGUACAGAAGGCCUAGGAUUUAGCAUCACUUCAAGAGAUGUUCCCAUUGGCGGUUCAGCUCCAAUUUAUGUGAAAAACAUCCUUCCAAGAGGUGCAGCUAUUCAAGAUGGAAGAUUAAAGGCUGGAGACCGGCUCAUUGAGGUCAAUGGUGUGGAUUUAACUGGGAAAACCCAAGAAGAAGUUGUUUCCCUGCUGAGAAGCACCAAAAUGGGAGGAACAGUAAACCUUCUCAUUUUACGCCAAGAAGAAACAUUCCAUCCAAGGGAAUUGAAAGCAGAAGAAGAAGAUCUUGUCCUUACUCCUGAUGGCACCAGAGAAUUCCUGACUUUUGAAGUUCCCCUUAAUGAUUCAGGAUCAGCUGGGCUUGGUGUCAGUGUGAAAGGUAACCGGUCAAAAGAGAACCACGCAGACCUCGGCAUCUUUGUCAAGUCCAUUAUAAAUGGUGGAGCAGCUUCUAAAGAUGGAAGACUCCGAGUGAAUGAUCAACUAAUAGCAGUAAAUGGGGAAUCGUUAUUGGGCAAGACGAACCAGGAUGCCAUGGAAACCCUGCGUAGGUCCAUGUCCACAGAGGGAAACAAACGUGGAAUGAUUCAACUCAUUGUGGCAAGGCGAAUAAGCAAAUGCAAUGAGUUGGAGUCACCUGGGAGUCCCCCGGGGCCAGAGCUGCCUAUUGAGACAAUGCUGGACGACAGGGAACGUAGGAUUUCCCAUUCGCUGUACAGUGGGAUUGAAGGCCUCAGUGAUUCGCCCACCAGGAAUGCUGCCUUGAGCAGGAUAAUGGGUAAAUACCACCUCUCUCCAACUGUCAACAUGCCUCCAGAUGACAUGGUCAUUAUAGAAGAUGAUAGACUGCCAGUACUACCUCCACAUCUUUCAGAUCAGUCAUCUUCCAGUUCCCAUGAUGAUGUGGGUUUUGCAACAGUGGAUACAGGAGCCUGGAGUAAACCCACCAUUAAUGAAUCUACAGAAUGCACUCUGAGUCCAGAUGUUGAUCCAGUGCUUACCUUCCAGCGAGAGGGAUUUGGACGCCAGAGCAUGUCAGAAAAACGCACAAAGCAGUUUUCAGAUGCCAGCCAGUUGGACUUUGUUAAGACGCGGAAAUCCAAAAGCAUGGACUUAGUAGCUGACGAGACUAAGCUCAGUACAAUGGAUGACCAGAAAACAGGUUCCCCAACCAGAGAUGUGGGCCCUUCAUUAGGCCUGAAGAAAUCCAGUUCCUUAGAAAGUUUGCAGACAGCAGUUGCUGAGGUGACUCUGAAUGGUGACAUUCCCUUCCAUCGCCCACGACCACGGAUAAUCCGAGGGCGAGGGUGCAAUGAAAGCUUCAGAGCUGCAAUUGACAAGUCAUAUGAUAAACCUGUUGCAGAUGAGGAUGACGAGGGCAUGGAAACCUUGGAGGAAGACACUGAAGAAAGCUCCCGAUCAGGAAGAGAAUCUGUGUCCACAUCAAGUGAUCAGCCGUCCCAUUCUCUGGAAAGACAUAUGAAUGGCAGCCAAGACAAAGGAGACCGGAAAAAGAUGGGGAAGGACAAGAAGAAAGAUCGUGAUAAAGAGAAGGAUAAAAUUAAAGCCAAGAAAGGAAUGCUCAAGGGCCUGGGAGACAUGUUCAGGUUUGGCAAACAUCGAAAAGAUGACAAGAUUGAAAAAAUAAAAGUGCAGGAAGCUGUUACUUCAGAAGAGGAGAGAAUACGAAUGAAGCAAGAACAGGAGAGAAUACAAGCCAAGACCCGAGAAUUUCGUGAAAGGCAAGCUCGGGAACGAGACUACGCUGAGAUUCAAGAUUUAAACAGGACUUUUGGAUGUGAUGCUGAUUCAAUGUAUGCUGGGAUUCCUUCAUAUCAUUCCCCCACAAAUAGUGGUACAAUGAACAAUCGACCACAGAGCCCAAGGGAAGGACCAACAGUUGAAGCACUAUAUGCCCAAGUAAAGAAAGCCCGCAAUUCAAAGUCUUCACCUGCAGACAGAUCAGCUCCCAGCAAUCAUGAUCGGAUACAACGUCUAAGGCAAGAAUUUCAGCAAGCAAAGCAGGAUGAAGAUGUGGAGGACAGGAGGCGGACAUACAGUUUUGAACAACCAUGGCCAAAUUCAAAGUCGUACUCGCAAAGUGGGAGGCAUUCUGUAUCGGUAGAGGUUCAGAUGCAAAAGCAACGACAAGAGGAAAGAGAAAGUUUCCAGCAGGCUCAGCGGCAGUACAGUUCAUUACCCAGGCAAAGCCGUAAAAAUGCAAGCUCCGUGUCUCAAGAUUCUUGGGAGCAGAACUACCCUCCAGGUGAAGGUUUCCAAAGUGCAAAAGACAACCCAAGGUAUUCCAGUUAUCAGGGCUCACGAAAUGGCUACAUGGGGGGCCAUGGCUUCAAUGCACGGGUAAUGCUUGAAACACAAGAGCUGUUGCGUCAAGAACAAAGGAGGAAAGAGCAGCAGAUGAAAAAAAAGACAGCUUCGGAAGGGUCCAGCAACUAUGACUCCUAUAAGAAAGUUCAAGACCCUAAUUAUGCCACUGCCAAAGGCCCUUUCAGGCAAGAUGUACCACCUUCACCAUCUCAGGUUGCCAGGCUGAACAGAUUACAAACACCAGAAAAGGGAAGACCUUUUUAUUCUUGAGUCAAAGGAAAAGGUGAACAUCCCAUGCAAUAAAAGAACAUUUUCAUAUGAAGAGACUUGUAUUUUGGGAAGAAAAACAAACUUUUAAAAGUGGAGGUGCUAAGGAAUUCAUGUCUGCUUCAGUGCCUUUAGCAAUACGGGCAAAGAAUCAGAGGGCCUUAUGUCUUUGCCAUUGUGUCUCAAGUGUUAUAUCCACACAAGGACUUUCCAUCAUCUAACAAUCAUACUCUAGGCAAGUGAUGUGUCUUUGUUAUCAAGUCCUGUGCUAUCAGUGGCUGCUUUGCCACAUUUUGUUAUCAGGUGUUCAACUUUUUAAUGAGUUAUGGUUCCAACAUACAUAAUGAAUUGGUUUCUAAUUAAACAAAGCAUUGCCAUAACUGUUAUCCCCUUUGGGUUGAGGGAAAAGGGUACAUAUCAGCUGUAAACUGUAAGGCAGAUGUCUGUGCAAGAUCUCUGGUCCUGGAUGGUUUAUAGUUGAUUAAUAUUUAAAUGUCUGUAUGGUGAAAUUCUCUUUUUCUUUGCCUGCACAUGUUCACUCUUGAGUCCUAUCGAAAAGCUUUAUCCUCAUUCCUAAGCAAAAAAGAAAAAGACACUGCUAUUAUAUUUCAUUUAUACUGGGGACCUUCAUACAUUUGUCUUAUACCUUAAAUAUAUAUACCUUAUAUUAUCAGUGGAAACGUAUUUAUAUAACUUAAGCUUGGCCAAUAACAGUGGGGGGAAAUGUCUUAUUUCAUGAACCAUACGAAAUGGUGGGAGGGGGAGGACUCUGGCUUGGUUAAGCAAGUUUAUUUUUUUAUAAAAUGUUUCCCCUUGCCUUCGAAAUGAAUUCCACCUCAGAAUGGAUUAUAGAUAGAUCAUUACUCAGUUACAGCAUAUCAUGAUAAUUUAAUUUCUUUUGUUGGAGGGGGAAAUGCUGGACAAAAUAAAACUAAAUUCUAUUUUUGAACUAAAAAUAGUUUUUUUAAAAACCUCUCUUUUUUGACAGUUUGUAAAGCCUUGUGGACAAUGUACACUGUGCUUCCACAUUAUGGUAUUUUUGCAUCUCAGUAUCAUGAUGAAGAUCAACCACUAAAGCAUAUGAAUAGAAAAAUAAAUGUGGGGGGAGGGGGAGGGAAUUGGUAUGUAUCAUUGUGAAAAUAUGUUGAUGUCCAAAAAUAACAGAAACAAAAAGAUUGUGCUAGCAGAGAUAUUUUUAAUGUGCAUAUUGGGUAUAUGAAAUUUUCCUUUGCAACAGCUGGUUUUGUGUUUGAGGGUCUGAAUUUCCAUGUAUUGUGAAAUAUAUCUCUAUAUCUCUAUAUAGAUGUAUAGAUAUAUGUACUGGAUUGCUAAAGUGCCUGCAAAUCCUGAUUUGGAAAAGCUUGAGAUUAAAGCUCAGCAUAUCAUGCAUAAAUGAACAAAGGAAAAAAGUAUCAUGUAUGGUAUUUGAUUGAUAAUUUGCCUUUAAGAAAGAAAGGAACCUGUCCCAUUUUAUUUUUGCCUCAUCCUGUUUCUAGAUUCUAUGUGAAAAUUCAGCACAUGUUAUCUCUGUCUUUUAUGCCUGUUUGUUAAUUUUGUUUGUUUGUUAAUAUACAAUACUCAAGUGUUAAAGAUUUGUUACUAAUGUAAGCACAAUGACUUUGGAUGAUUAUGGCUCUUUUACAUGGAGACUGACACACUGUGUAAAAUGGCACUCUCUGUAAAUACAGAAAUUUAGAAUAAAAAAGACUGUUUUUGUCUUGGUUUCAAGAUCCUUUUGAAGUCUGCAAAAACUGGAUCCAUCUGUAGUUGAU